AUGGACUCGGCCCUCUCCACCUCCCAGUCCGCCACCUCCUCCCGGCCCACCCGCCGCCCGUCCACCUCUGCCCGCCGCCCCUCCGCCGCCACCCACCGCCCCCCGCCCCCGCCCCGGCCCCUCACCCACGACGAGGCCCUCGACUCACUCCGCGCCUUCCUCAAAGAGCGCUCCAGCUACGAUGUCUUCCCUGUCAGCUUCAGGCUCAUCGUCCUAGACACACACCUCAAGGUCAAAAAGGCCCUCGAUGUCAUGCUGCUCUACGGCGUUGUGUCGGCGCCGCUAUGGAACACCGCUGCCGCUCAGUUUGCAGGCAUGUUCACCGUACAAGAUGUCAUCCAUCUCAUUCAGUACUACUACCAGUCUUCCAGCUGGGAGGGAGCCACUGCCGACGUCGAACAGUUCAGACUGCAGAGUAUCAGGGACAUUGAAAAGAUCCUUCACGUCCCCCCGCCUCCACUCCUCUAUGUCCAUCCCCUCCGACCGCUCUAUGACGCCUGUCGAUACCUCAUUCGGACCCACGCCCGUCGUCUUCCGCUCAUUGACAAAGACCCUCAAACUGGAGGCGAGGUCGUGAUCAGUGUCUUGACCCAGUAUCGGGUAUUAAAGUUUAUUGCCAUGAAUUGUCGCGAUAUCACCCAAUACCUGACAGCUUCUGUGCACCAACUGGGUAUCGGAACAUAUGUGUCUCCCAAUCCGGACCCCGAGAGCACCAACAAGUUCUACCCCCUCGCAACUGCCACGAUGAAGACGACCGUCUUUGAUGUCGUUCACUUGUUCUCUGAGCAGGGUAUCAGUGCAGUGCCGAUUGUUGAUGACCAGGGGAAAGUCUUAAACUUGUAUGAGACUGUCGAUGUCAUUACUCUUGUACGGAACGGCGCCUACACCUCCCUCGACCUCACCAUCGCUCAAGCACUCAAGCAGCGCGCUGUAGACUUUCCGGGCGUCGUCACCUGCUCUCCCAAUGACUCUCUCAGUGCCAUUUUCAGCCUGAUCAAGAUUAGAAGAGUACACAGAUUGGUGGUUGUUGCGGGGCAGGACGACCCUAAGCCUGGGCGAUUAGUUGGGGUGAUCAGUCUCAGUGACAUUAUGAGAGCUUUGAUCGGGAGCGAUGUACCUUUGGGAAGUGCUGGAGUAGGAGCCAAGGUUGUAGACAAGGUGUUGAGAGAGGAGGGCGAGGAUGAGGUGUUUGCCACGUCAGAAGGGACCAGAAGUGGCGGCACAAGCAUGGAAGGAUAG